CCCACACUCACCGGCGCUGUUUAUCAUAAGAUAAAAAGGAAGGAUUUCUUAGUUGUUCAUUGUCCUAUCCCUUUUGAAGGUUUCUGUUUUCAUGUUGGAAUUUUAUCUGUCUUAAACAAAAUUCACUUCCUCCUGUUGUGGUGAUUACCGAGAACACAAGCUAACAUCUAUGAAGGAAAAGAUUCAUAACUCUGGAAACUAAGCAUAAUAAUCGACUUUCAAAGAAACUACUUCAGUUGCUACGAAAGAUUAUUGGUGUUUAGAGUUUUGUUCAGAUUGAAGACUGCACCUCUUUGAAUGAUUUUAUCCUGAAAUUAUUUCAGCCUUUACGUAACAUUCUACAUACGUCGUUAAAAUUCAUCCAAAUCUUGUUUUAAGGCUUCUGUUAGUUCUCAAUGGCUCGUACUUUCUUUAAUUUUGUUUGGGUGACAAAGAAAAAUAUUCUGCUUUUUUGGCGUUCGUGGUUCCAGGCUAUCUUUGUAAUUGUUGUUCCUUUGCUCUUAGUAAGUGUGCUUGUUUUCUUACGUGGAAGGGCAACAAGAGAGGUAGUAAAGCAGCCUUUAAAUUGGUCUUCCUUUCGUGUAGAUAGUGGUUUUUAUUUUUCUCAUAAAUAUGUGGCAUACGCUCCCAAUGAUACACUAAAUCUCCAACUCAUGAACGCGGUUCAUAUGUAUACGAAUUUACAACCUUUUGGCUUUAAAACGGAAGGUGAUGCUAUUGCGUUCUUUCAGAGCAAUGAUGUCAGAUCCAAAGAAACAUUAGGAGCCGUGAUCUUUGAUCCUUUUUCCAAUUUGAGUGUGGCAAGUUAUACCAUAAGACUUCGCUCAAAAAAUGACUGGUCUACGAGAGUGUUAUUCCCAAUGUUUUUCAAAGGCGGCCCAAGGUCUAAGGAUAUUGCAGCGUCUCCUCCAAACUAUAAGGAGGAAUUUUUAGUUUUACAAUAUGCUAUAGAUCGCUCCUUAAUCAACAUAAAUUGCAAAGCGAAUGAUUCCUCCCAAAAAUUGAAGGUCGUAUUACAACGAAUGCCGUUUCCACCUUAUAUCAAAGAUGAGUUUAUAAUUAUCAUCCAAAAGCAACUGGCACUUAUGUUGAUAUUGGGCUUCAUUUUCCCAACAUUGUAUUGCACUCGACUUAUCCUGAUCGAAAAACAACGAGGAAUGAAAGAAAUGUUAAAGCUCCUGGGAUUAGGAGAAUCAACGUAUUGGUUUUCCUGGUUGAUUACAAACUUAUUUGUGUUUACUCUCAUUAGCCUCUUUCUUAGUAUUUUACUCUGUUUCCAAUUAUCAGGAAAUGGCCCUAUUUUGGGGCUAUCAAAUCCAUUCCUUAUUUUUUUGUCAUUGCUCUUAUACGGUGUCAGUAUUUUUACGUUCGGAUUUGCUCUUUCUACUUUAUUCAACUCUGCUCAUACUGGUGUGGCAAUAGUUUGUACAGUUCUGAUUGUUAUCUCAUUACCUUACCCACUUUUGGAACGACAUUAUAAUGAACUAAACAUAUUCAUUAAAAUGUUUGCUUGUUUAUUACCCAGUUUAGGCAUGGGUUUCUUAUGCAUUUUAAUUGGGCAAUUCGAGGGCGCAGGUUUGGGUGUACAAUUCUCAUCUUAUUUCAAACCAGCUUCUCCAGAUGACAGUCUAUCUAUUCAUCUCCUGUGCUCAAUGUUUAUUUUCGAUUCUAUUGUAUUUCUGAUACUUACUCAUUAUAUAAGUGCUGUUUGGCCUGGAAAAUACGGUAUUCCCAAACCAUGGUACUUCCCAUUUCUCUGUUUAUGUAGGCGAAAACUAACUUUCGAAGUCCUGCUUGAUAACCUAAAGCCGAAUGAGCUGACAAGAAAUGUAAAAGAAACAACAAGAUUACUCUCUUUGCCAAAUACUGAUGGUAGAAAUGAAGAGUUGCAAACAAAUCAACAAAUCAACAUUAAUAAUACUGAGUUUAUUCCAUCAGAUCCAUUUCCUGAAAAAAACGAACCUUUACUUGAGCAUAAUGGUGAUGGCGUUGACACACUUGAACGACUAUCUACACCAAGUUCAGACAUGCAUGAAUAUUUCGAAACCGAACCUAUUGGUUUACAAGUUGGGAUUGCAAUUGAUCACUUAUGUAAAGUCUAUUCUAACAAGCAAUCUACGGUUGUUGCUGUGUCUGGUUUAACAAUGAACAUUUAUGAAGGCCAAAUAACUGUACUUCUAGGGCAUAAUGGGGCUGGUAAAACUACGACUCUAUCCAUACUGACCGGUUUAUAUCCACCCACUUCUGGUACAGCUUAUAUAUAUGGUCAUGAUAUUCGUAAUGAUAUAGAAGGUAUUCAUGGAAAUCUUGGUUUUUGUUCACAACACGACGUUUUAUACGACACAUUAACUGUUGAAGAACAUCUUUAUCUAUCUGCUCACCUCAGAGGCUGUGAUAAUUCCACUAUCGAACAACAAGUGGAAAGAACUUUGAGAAAGAUUUAUUUGCGUGACAAAAAGAGUGAGUACACUAAAACAUUGUCUGGUGGAAUGAAACGUAGACUAUCUAUUGGAAUGGCCCUAAUAGGUGAUUCUAAAAUUCUUAUAUUAGACGAACCUACCUCAGGAUUGGAUCCUGAAGCACGUCGUCAAGUGUGGGAUAUACUGCAAGCUGAGCGUCAACAGAAAACAAUCCUAGUUACUACACACUAUAUGGAUGAAGCUGACCAUUUAGGUGACCGUAUCGCAAUCAUGGCUGGCGGUGAACUCAAGUGUUAUGGAUCACCACUGUUCUUGAAAGCAAAAUAUGGUGCCGGUUACUUACUGUCUAUCGUCAAACAAUCCAGUUGUUCAUCUGAUUAUGUAUUAAAACAAGUUAAACAUCACAUCCCUAAUGCAUUUACACGCAGUGAUUAUGGUGAAGAGAUCCGCAUACUGCUACCAUUAGAAUCAAUAGAUAAAUUUGGAAAUUUGUUUGAGAAUCUGGAGUCAAAUAAAAUUAGUUUGGGCAUUUCAAGUUUUGGUGUAUCUGUCACAACAAUGGAAGAAGUAUUCUUUCAAGUUAGUAAGCAGACGAAUAUUGUCAGUUGUUGCAGUCGUGAAACUCGUGAGAGAAGAUGCAAAACAACUGAACAAAGCCGAUGUACACCAGAAACUAAAGUCGAUCGUAAACAACUACGCAAUCAGGGCUUUUUAUUCUACCGCCAACAAUUUUGUGCUUUAAUGAUCAAGCGUUACAUAUUCACAAAACGCAAUUUAAUAUUUGUGCUCAGUCAAAUUAUUGUACCCAUUGCGUUCACCUUGAUCGCUUUAUUCAUAUUUCAUCAUUUACUAAAUAAAAACAAUUCACUCGAUCCACGCUUGGACUUGUCAUUAAAGCCUUAUGGUAAAGAUUUGUUACUUACGUUUAGCAAUGAAGCUGAGGGUUGGGAAAAACGUCAAAACACUGAUCAGUUUAUUCAGUCCUAUAUGCGGCAGUUUGAUAGUAAGCAAGUUACGCCAAUUGAAUUCAAUACAUCCACAGGAAGUUAUGAAGAUCAUCUACUGAAACAAAUAGCCAUUCCUCACUUGUUUUACUUCCGUCUCAAAUCAAUUAUCGGGCUAGUGGUUGAUACAAAAUCAACUCUCAAAGACCAAAUGAUUUCAUUACGUGCUUACUUUCAAGGUGAAUCAUUUCAUGCUGCUCCAAUUUCUUUGAAUGCAGUCGUGAACGGAUUUUUACAGUACCUAACUUCAGUUAAUCAGACAAUAUGCCCCGGUCUAACUACUAACAACAGUCCGCCACAAAUUUAUGUAUCUAAUCAACCUUUACCUGAAACCAAAGAGGAACGUGCCAAACAGAUUGAUGAAAUCGAAGGUCUUAUGCGCGUUGUAGUAGCAGGCUUUCCAUUAGCGUCGAAUAUUCUAUUCGCUGCGUCCUAUUUGGCCUCUUGUUUUAGUUUCUUUCCAGUUUAUGAGACUGUAACUAAGGCAAAGCAUUUACAAUUUGUUUCUGGAGUAAAAUUAGCACUCUACUGGAUAUCUAUCUAUGUGUGGGAUCUGUGCAUAUUUUUUCUAUCCGUUGGUUCUAUAUUGUUGUGCUUUAUGGCAUUCAAUUUGGAACAGUUUGCUCUUGGUGAAAGGUUUCACAAUUUAGUUAUAUUAUUUGGAUUGUUCAUGUGGGCUGUAUUACCGCAAACAUAUUUGUUGUCUCGACUAUUCCGAUCACCUACAUCUGGUUUGGUUUGGAUUACAGCUAUCAAUGUAUUCACUGCUUCUAUCGGUCUUAUAAUGGUUGGUUUACUAUCUCAUCCAAUGAUUCAUCAACAAGCAGUUGGGGUUUGUCUAAUGUAUUUUUGGAUUGCUAUUUCUCCAUCAUUUUGUCUUUCUCAUGGUAUAUUCCAAUUAUUUAUUAAUUAUCAGUUUCGUCAAGUUUGCGAUUCCCCACUUGUUCAAUUCUUGUGUCUUGUGGAUCAGGUAAACGCUUGCUGUUUAAAAACAUGUGAUCCAUUCUGUGCAUACUGGACCAAUAAUGAAUUAUCCUAUGAAUUGGGUGGUGUUGGCGCUCAUCUUACUGCUUUAUCUAUACAUGGCUUUCUCUAUUUUUCCCUUGUAUUAAUUUCAGAUUCUUCAAUUGGAAGAAAUUUAAAGAUCUGUCUCAUCAUAUUGUAUAAACGUUUUCGUUAUCGACAUCACAAUCCUGAAUUAUUGUUAUUAAAUCAGUAUCACGAUGACCUAAGUUUCGACGAUGGUAAUUUGCCAGCUGAAGAUGUUGAUGUACGCCAACACAGGCAUCUAGUUGAAUCGUUACCGUAUGCACGACUAAAAGAACAAACUUCCCUUGCACUAUGCCGCGUUAGUAAAACUUAUGGAUCAAUUAAUCCACGGUGUAAGCAAAACAAAAAACCUGCAGUAGACCGCCUGUCCUUAGCUAUUGCUCCAUCAGAAUGCUUUGGUUUAUUAGGCGUAAAUGGUGCGGGGAAAACGACAACCUUUCGAAUGAUAACAGGGGAUUUAGAACCUUCUUCUGGACAUAUAAUAGUUGUUGGACAUGAUUUAAAUAGAAAUUUACGAAAAGCAAGUUUUCUGUCCUCAAGUAAUUUAUACAUGUUUUGUCACUAGUCAAAUAUCGAUUGAUGAUUUAACAAAAGAUACAUCACGUAAUGCGAAUAAUAACAAUAGACUUAAUAAGUUAGUAACGAAUGCAUUAAAGUGAUUAAAAUGUUUUUGUUACAAUAAUUGAAGGUAAUUAAAGUUCAUAGAGGUGUAAAAAAUAAAUGAAAUGAUAUCAUAAACAAUUAUGAAUGAAGUCAUGAGAAUAUGAGAUAUAAGUAAACGGAGUAAUGCAAUAAUAAUAAUAGACUAAGGCCAAGGUAACGAUAACUAUAGGAUGUACUUCUUUUGUGUACACGAUUCUGACUUGAUCUCAUGGAUGGCAAGAGCUUCAGCUAUUUUAAGGAGUUGGAUACGAAGAAAUCUAGGUAGAUUUGAAUUAAUCGUAUACACAACCUUAAAAUCAAACUGAAUCAGUAGAAUAAUUCGAGCCGAUUAGAUGGUCAAGAAUGAAACUUCUAAAAUCUGCCAGUUCACCUACUCUUGUGGAGCAAGGUAUAUUGACCGUAAUUAGCCAUGGUGAUAGGAAAUCAGUUAGAAAUUUUAUUCUUACCCAUCUAAUCGAUUCUAAUCAAUAUACUGAUCUACCUCGAUCCUCAUAUAUAAUGGUUUCAAAUGCUACAGAAAGCCAUGAUAAUUGAAUUUUAUCUUUGUUCUAUCCAACUAGGCACAACAGUCUUUGGGUUACUGUCCACAAUUUGAUGCACUCUUACCGUAUCUUACUGGAUAUGAAACAUUGCAGUUGUUCGCUCGUCUACGUGGAAUUCAAGAAGGGUUUUUAAAUACAGAAAUCGAUCAACUAUUAAGUGAUCUGAAGUUAACUGAUCUUGCUCACGUUUUAGUCAGUCGGUACAGUGGUGGGAAUCGACGAAAGUUAAGUGUAGCAAUAGCGCUUGUUGGUGAAACUCCUCUUAUUUGUUUAGAUGAACCUACCACCGGUGUAGAUCCUAUUUCACGUAGACAUAUUUGGAAUUUGCUCUUAAAAUAUAGACGUCAAGGACGUACAUUGGUACUCAGCUCCCAUAGUAUGGAAGAAUGUGAAGCAUUAUGUUCUCGUGUCAGUAUUGUUGUCAAUGGCAGAAUGAAAUGUUUAGGAACGUGCCAACACUUAAAAGCACGUUUCGGUCAUGGCUAUAGUCUUAAUAUACAAGUGAUGAUUCCGAUGGUAAAUCAUCAUCUCAGUUCACUUAAUGCUGAACCAACCGUGUCAUCAACAUCAAGUUCCCGUGUCCCACAUCAGUUGUCAUUAAUUAAUGCAGUAAAUAAUGUGGAUAGUUUUAUCAAACGUGAAUUUCCCGAUGCACGUUUAGUUGAUCGACAUCAGGGUGUACUACAAUAUCAUUUACCAACAGAUGGGAGAAAUCAAAUACGCUUAAGUCAUAUAUUCCACUUGAUGGAAUCGAACAAAACACGUCUCGGACUACUAAAUUAUUCAAUUAAUCAAACAACUCUAGAACAAAUAUUUAUAGAUUUAAUUAAACUACAAGAAGGACCUGCAAAUCACUAAUUUUAACUCGUACUACUAUGCAUCAGUAAUGACACUUGAUUCAGUUUUUAAACCUUGGUCAAUUAACAAUCAGAAAAAUUCAGAGAUCAGAACGUAUACAUACGUUUAUCAUUAUGUUUAUGUUAUUUUUUAAUUCUUAUUUUCAGUUCAGUUCUGGAGAUUGUUUUCUCUGUAUUUUUUAAUGUGUGGGGAUUAUUUAAGAUUGAUUAAUGAGAGUUUUUUAAUGAUUCUUUAUGCAAUCGCCAUUCUACGUUUAUUAUCGUAAAAUCUAUACUUAUUUUUAAUGACUAUUUUUGAAAACAUCUUCAAUCUAACAUGUACGCACACGAAUACACACACAUUUUUGUCAGUGUCAUAAUCACCUUAUCAAUAUUAUGAGCAUGACAGUAAUGAAAAUCUCGCUUAUUGGACCUGCUUAACACAAUAUAUUCUAUCCUGUGAUUAGAAAAUCAUCCAUAUUCGAUUGUUUUUACACGUGCUUCGUUUUAUGUAAAUUUUUAUCCCACAUUAAUCAUAGUUUUCUAUAGAAAUAUGUAUUUUCGCUUGCAAAGAGAUACUUCAGGAACAAAC